AUGAAGUUGCAGCUCUUACUCUUUGUUCUCUUUGCAUCUGUUGCACAAGCCCAGUGGAAAAGUUGUUCUAGUCCCUGGCCCAACAUAACCCCCGGUAAACAGUAUACCCUCAAGGAUAAAUGUCGCACUCUAGCAGGCUAUCCAAAGACAUUUGAAAAAGCCAAUACAGAAGUCACCGUGACGUAUACGCAGCAAUGGAGCCGUCUACCCAGCAACACCAAAACAGCCGUAAACCCAAUCCUCAAAGAAUCUCUCGAGAAAAGCUUGGAAGUCUACCGCAAAUUUGCAAAACUUCCAUCGAGAAUUGUCCUUACGUGUCAAAUCAAGCUAUUCAAGAGAUGGACUACUGAAGCAACGACUAAUAAACCUCGAGUUCUACAGGCUCUUGCGCAUGAGAUGUAUCACUGCGUACAAAGUCUUGGAAAACUUGGGAAUCAUCCUGAUCCGCAGUGGGUUCGUGAGGGCUCUGCGAAUUAUUUCAGUAACCUCGUCUUUCCUGACUCGAACGCCGAAUGGCCUGAUAAGAAGCAUAGCGGCGUCGCGUAUAAGCCAAAUCUGCCAAUCUAUGCACAUGUUGGUUUAGAAGCCUACGCGGCUAGCAUCUUUUUCCAAGCGCAAGACAAGAUGGACGAGGAUGAUUUGAACAAAUUUGUUCUGACAACGCCCGGAGGAUCAAGCGGGCUUGAAGAACGAGCUCGUCUAUCACGUCUAUCAGGAUUUACUGACGAGUUUUUCACUUUCGCGAAAGCAUUCGCACUACAGCAGAUCAAAGACACCAAUGGAGGUCUCAUUCCGAUCGACAAGAUGAACCCCAUUUCUGCGUCAAUCCAGUUCGACAAAGCGGGCACUACCGGCACCGCAACGCUCACAAGCACAUCGUUCACUAUUUCGGUCUUCAAGAUUACUAUUGACCCUGGGAGGAUGGCAAAGAUUUACUCGUCGGCGCAUGCUAACCAGAAGCUUGCUUACCGAAAGUCAGACGCCAGAUCGUGGACCGACAUGGCCGCCGAUUCCUCUUCUGGACGCACUAUUGAUCUUCCAUGCAAUCAGAAAGACACUAAACAAACAUUCAUCGUUUUGUUCAUCUCAACGAAGGAUGUAAAGAGUGAUAAAGUUAAAAUCACGGUUACGACGGGUAAGCCGAAAAAGUGCGGCGCAAGAAGCGGAUUCGUUCUGUAUCCUCUCUUCAAUCCUACCACUAGCGGCGGAUACUGUCCCACCGGGACACAUUCUUCCAGGCUAGCAAUUUGGUGUUGCCCAGAUGGAACACAGUUGGAUGAACAUGUAGCGCAGCAAGUCAGCAUCUGCUGUCCAACAGGUCAGUCUCGUGUUGUAAAUGUUGUUAUGCUGGUAGGCUGA